AACACCUUGUGUAAAUCAGGAAGCAUUGCUGUCUUCGGGAACGUGGUGUACAGCGGGCUGCUCAACGAGCACCUCUGGCAUUUAGGAGUUCCCCUCUUCACGAGACUGGGUAACCAAGAGGCCACCAACCCCCCAGAAGCCAUGGCCCAGCCGUACACGCCUGCCCAGUACCCGCCUCCCCCACAGAAUGGCAUCCCGGCCGAGUUUGCGGCACCMCACCCCCUCCCCACGCAGGACUACACCGGGCAGACCAGGGUGCCCGAGCAUGCCAUGACCCUCUACACCCCCACACAGACGCACAGUGAGCCGCUGGGCACCGACAACAACACGCCCGCCAUCACCGCCAACACGACUGUACCGACAGAUGACGUGACGCAAUCAGAGGUCUCCCURCAGCUCCAGCUGCAGCUCUCGGACUCCUCGGAGAAGCAGCAGCCCAAGAGGUUACAUGUCUCCAACAUCCCCUUCCGCUUCCGCGACCCCGACCUGCGGCAAAUGUUUGGGCAAUUUGGAAAGAUUCUAGAUGUGGAGAUUAUCUUUAAUGAGCGAGGAUCCAAGGGCUUUGGUGUUGUAACUUUAACGAGCACAGAUGCCGACCGUGCGCGGGAGAAACUAAACGGUACAAUCGUAGAGGGACGCAAAAUAGAGGUGAAUAAUGCAACAGCAAGAGUGAUGACAAACAAAAAAGUUGCCAACCCGUACACAAAUGGCUGGAAGCUGAACCCUGUGGUGGGAGCUGUCUAUGGUCCUGAACUGUAUGCUGUAACAGGUUUCCCUUACCCGGCCACAGGGGCUACGGUGGCCUAUAGGGGUGCCCACUUGCGAGGCCGGGGGCGGGCUGUGUACAACACCUUCCGCACAGCACCUCCACCACCACCUAUUCCAGCCUAUGGAGCAGUGGUGUACCAGGAUGGCUUCUACGGAGCAGAAAUCUAUGGGGGCUACGCUGCGUACAGAUACGCCCAGCCCACCACCGCUGCUGCCUACAGUGACAGGUGAGUGCAUUCCACCUGC